AUGACCAUCUGGACCGUCAGUAGCGACAACUCCUCUCAGCCGAAACCCUUCGUGCAACAAGGCGUCCAAGACCACGAUCCCACCCUCCUGAGUCCUGGCCGUCCAAUACACUCCCGCUCUAUGAGCAACCCAAUCCCUUCCCUCUUCUCCGGGAAGAAGAGGAGGGACCAUGGCCAGCCACCGCCCUCGCCAUUACCUUUCGAACUCUCCGAACAUGGCGAAUCGAGUCGUCGGAAUAUACCAUCCAGGAGUCCGGGCCAAGGCAAUACACACGAUAGGCGCCGCAAACCCGUCCUGGGCCCGCAUGACUUCAGGACCGGUCACUGUAUGACCUGUGCCAGCCUCGUGCGGUGGCCCAAAGACCUGCAUGUGUUUCGUUGUACCAUAUGCAUGACGGUCAACGACAUCGAGCCUUCGCGCCAGGGAACUGGCAUGGGUGCCCACGCGUAUGGGGAUGGCGAAACUCGAACAGUGGAUACCAUCUCAGUAGCACACACCAAGCACCUUAUUACAGAAUGUCUGACCUCCUCGCUGCAACUGUACGCGGGCGGCAGGGGCGACUCUGGCAAUCAAGCUGGAACAGGUGGUUCAGAUAUACCCGAGUCAAGCUGCGGGGGCGCGUCGCCUUGGGACAUAAGCCAUCGUCGGACACAUACUCUCGACGAGGAGGCGCGUGAGAACCCCAUGGCACCAACAUCUUUUCGUAGACCUAUGGCCGAUCGGGGCCAACCUUCAUUUUCAACUUCCUAUCCCGGAGACACUACUUCUUGCUCCUCGCGUCUUGCGGAGCCAAGCACAGCUAGCGCAGAGGUCGGGGAGAACAUCUUCAAAAGACUAGAGGACUACCUGAUGAUCUGUUUCAAGUCAUACUCCUGCAUCAGCCAUUCUUUCACCACUUCAAUGGGCUUUCAAACUUCGACAAACUCAGAAUCUGGUCGGAGCCACCCAGCCAGGUCAGAACAUUUCAGAUCCCAAUCGGUCAGUGCGCCGGAUCUCACUGAGCUUGAUCCGAAGCUUCUCAUGCUUGGCGACUUUGCAGAAAAUGGUUCAUGGUGGACUGGUGGCCAGGGUGUCAGGAGUCACCAGCCCAAAUCGACUAGCAAGUCUCACAAUCGCACAAAGUCCAGCCAGAACAAGCCUGACAGCGUGUCGGCCGCGACAGCAGCGACUCUCGGCAUCGACUGGUCACAAGUCACUGAAUGGUAUCACACCAUUGUUGAAACACCGAGCCACUGGCGAGAUGUCUACGAUGAUCUGGUAUCCGCCCAACCGCACUACAAAUUAUCAAAUGCUGCCCAGCAACAUUUUGAGAAUGCACUAGGCGCAGCGCAUCAUCGUCUGCAGCGUGUGUUUCUCAAAUGUAUUGAGACGCUCCUGAAGCGUCCUAGAACGCAGAUCUCGGAGCCUCAGCAUGCGCGAUUUCUCGCAAUCUUGAUGUGCAACCCGUUACUGACGGCAUCCGCUGCAUCUUCAUGGGAAUCUCGCUCCAGUUAUAGCAAGACCAGCCGAAGAGGCCCUCCCCCGGUCGACGUUCAGGACAGCAAGUCGGGGCCCAGUCGGCAUUCUGGAAUAAUCAAAAGAAUUCUAGGGAUCAUGGCCAACUCCUCCGAAAUAUGCCAUCGCUUCCUGACUCUGUGGUUCUCCGGCAUGCCCGACAACCUGUUCCUGCAGGUCAAAGACCUUACGUCAAGCUUUGUCACCUACAGGCUGACUCGACAGAAUGAGAAGGUCAUCGAGGCAAAGGUCAACGUGAUCGAUAGUUUGGUGCCUCAGAUGUCAGAAACGACUAGCAGGAGCAACACGGCAAGCCUGCACGCUGCCCUUCACGGUGUGAACACGGGGAAGACAAAGUCUAACGAGGCGAAGCAGUCAGCCUAUACUGACGAUUGGCAAAUUAAAGCUGCGGCAAGGGUCAUGGCUUUGAUAUUUGCCGCGAAUGAGGCCGUCGAGGUACUCGACCACACACGCAAAACGCGCCGUGGCAACGGGCGCCCGCUACCUAUCAGCGACUUCUAUCACAGCGUAGUCGACACUCUUGAUUUCAAGAGCGACUUUGAGCUGUGGGAGUCCAAGCGCGCCAAGUUCACGUUCUGCCAAUAUCCUUUCUUUUUGAGCAUCUGGGCCAAGAUCCAGAUACUCGAACAUGACGCGAAGAGGCAGAUGACAGGCAAAGCUCGUGAAGCUUUCUUUGACAGCAUACUUAGCCACAGGACGUAUGCUCAGCAUCUUGUACUCAAGAUUCGAAGAGAUUGUUUGGUGGAUGACAGCCUUAAGAAAGUCAGUGCAAUCGUUGGGAGUGGCAGUGAGGAUAUCAAGAAAGCAUUGAGAAUCGAGUUCGACGGCGAGGAAGGUGUCGAUGCUGGCGGCCUGCGGAAAGAGUGGUUUCUGCUGUUAGUCCGUGAGGUGUUCAACCCAGAUCAUGGAUUGUUCAUCUACGACGAUGACUCGCAGCUCUGCUACUUCAAUCCCCAUUCCUUCGAGACAUCAGACCAGUAUUUCCUUGUCGGCGUCGUUCUUGGACUGGCUAUCUACAACUCUACCAUUUUGGAUAUUGCGCUACCUCCAUUCGCGUUCAGGAAGCUACUGGCUGCCGGCCCUAUCCAGGGAAAUGGCGGACAUCCCAAGCCCACAAUGACCUAUUCCCUGGACGACCUAGCUGAGUUCCGGCCUGCGGUGGCUCGGGGACUGCAGCAGCUUCUAGAUUACGAUGGCGACGUGCAGGCUGACUUCUGCCUUGACUUUGUCGUCGAGACAGAGAGAUAUGGCACCCGAGUGCGUGUUCCUCUGUGCCCCGGGGGAGAAACGAAAAUGGUCACAGCCUCAAAUCGUCGAGAGUAUGUUGAUCUUUUUGUGCGUUACCACCUGGACACGGCCGUAACUCGCCAGUUCGAGCCCUUUAAACGAGGUUUCUUCACUGUCUGUGGGGGCAAUGCAUUAUCUCUGUUCCGUGCCGAGGAAAUCGAGUUGCUCGUGCGGGGCUCCGCUGAGCCUCUGGACAUUGCAUCACUCCAGGGUGCGGCGGAAUACUCCAACUGGUCCAAGGACUUCACGCCUGAUACAGAGCCAACAGUACAGUGGUUCUGGCGGUCCUUUGCGGAGGCGACUCCGCCCGACCAGCAACGGCUGCUAGCAUUCAUUACGGGCAGUGACCGAAUACCAGCAACUGGGGCGGCGGCUCUUACCAUCAAGGUCCACUGCCUGGGCGACGAUGAGGGGAGAUUCCCGUCCGCUCGGACUUGCUUCAACAUGUUGUCUCUCUAUCGUUGCAGCUCACGGCAGCGACUAGAAGACACACUUUGGCGAGCUGUCUACGAGAGCGAAGGCUUCGGGUUGAAAUAG